AUGUCGAAGAGAAACGAGCCAGAGCAUCCUGAAACCAAACAUCCAACAACCAAGCGAGCAAAGGAAGUCGAUGCUCAUACACCAUAUGACGAACUUGCCGGUCUCUUGUCAGAGCAAAAGGAACCAAAAUCGGUUCAGAAUGUACUGCACUGGUUUCGCAGCAAGGACCUCCGCAUCCACGACAACAAGGGAUUACACGCUGCUUCCGAGUUUGCCAAAAGUGCAGACAAGCCUUUGCUCUGUGCUUACCUAAAUUGUCCAGCAGAGUUUCGAUGGCAUGGAACCAGCCCCGCACGGACUGAUUUCAUAUGUGAAAAUCUGAGUCUGAUGCAGCAGGAGUUGCAUGACCUAGAUAUUCCGCUGGUCUUUCUGGAGGCUCCAGAGCGAGAUGAGAUUGUGCCGACGGUGAGCAAGUUCAUUCGGGAAAAUAAGAUCUCCCAUGUGUUUGGGAACUACGAGUAUGAAGUCGAUGAGCUCAGACGAGACAUCAAAUUCCUCCAGGAGGCCAAUUCUGAGUCCGACGGCUUUCAAGUUUCCUUACAUCACGACCAGACUGUCAUGGAACCGGGAACCAUGUUGACUGGGGCUGGAACGCCCAUGAAAGUCUUCACACCUUACCACAAAGCAUGGCUGGCUGAGAUUCAUUCCGAUCCCAGUCUCCUCGACACGGUCCCCGCGCCAUCGAAGAACUCGGUAUCAGCAAAGAAAGCUCUCAAAACGUAUUUUGACAGUCAGGCACCGUCUCCUCCCAAAGAGAAACAAUUCAGUAGCGAAAAAGAGAGGACAUCUAUCCGGAAGCUCUGGCCUGCUGGUCAUGAAGCUGCCACGUCUCGACUCCAGGAUUUCCUUGAAAACAAAAUCGAGGACUACGCGGUAACACGUUCUAAUCCGGCCAAGGACUCGACAUCUCGUAUGUCACCUUACUUCAGUGCUGGGGUCAUCUCAAUACGUGAAACCCUCACCGCGGUACGCAAAGCCAAUCGUGGAUCGGCCGACUUCUCGCAAUCCCAUGGGCGAUCUGGCAUCGCGGGAUGGGUGCGUGAGAUCGUGUUCCGGGAAUUGUACCGACAAACGACACUGACGACGCCACAUACAGCAAUGAACAUGCCACAGAAUCUCAAGUUUGAUUUUGUGGAGUGGGAGGACGACGACGAGGGAUAUGAUCGAUGGGAACAGGGCACUCUGGGGGUACCUUUCGUAGAUGCGGGGAUGAGACAGCUCAAUGCCGAAGCAUGGAUGCACAACCGGUUGCGGAUGAACGUGUCGAGCUACCUGUAUUGCAAUUUGUUGGUCGAUUACCGUCGUGGCGAGCGAUACUUCGCAGAGACACUUAUCGAUUGGGAUCUGAACAACAAUACGCAAGGCUGGGAGCCCAGCUAUACUGUCUUCAAUCCUGUCAGCCAAGCAGAGAGAAAUGAUCCCAAUGGUGACUAUAUCCGCAAGUGGGUACCAGAGCUGAAGGACGUGAAAGGCAAGGCUGUUUUUGAUCCUUACAACCGAUUGAGUCGGGAGGAAUUCGAGAAACUCGGUUAUCCGAAACCAUAUGUCGAUUGGCAUGAGACCAAGCAGCGUGCUUUGGACAGGUUUAAAAGCGAUAUGAAAGACGCGGACCCUUGA